ACAUGUGCCGCGUGUGCGUCUCGCCGGGAAUGUGAUGCGGGCUGGGAAUCCUGCCGGGCCGGGCAAAUCCCCUGCAGGGCAGCGGAGGCCAAACAGCAGCUUCAGAGGUCUCCAUCCCAUGGACCGUUCCUCCGGUCGAGCAAGGCUGCGAGGCAGCUGGUCUCCCUCACAAAACCCUCUUUUGCAUUGACAGCGCUUCUGCACCUUGCCACAAGUCGAGCAUCAAAGCUGCAGUGCCCGUGGAUUAUGACCACAGGGGAGCUGUGUUGCAUCUGCAAAUCUCUGUUGUGCAUCAAGGGCACAUCUGAACAGAGCCACUGUGGACCCUGAAGAGCUGGAGAGGACGUUGCAGAGGUUCGGAGGCACACCGUGAUGGUGGGAGCCAUUCCACGGCAGCCACGCCGCUUCUGGGGGCAGCCUGACUGGCAGGCGUCUGCAGCCAGCUGUGCCAAGAACCGCCUGCUGCGGGGCAGGGAGGCUGAUCCAGAGACAAGCAGGGAUGCUGUGCUGCAGAGCACCUCAUAGUAGAGGGCUCACACAGAAAUCCUGAGUGAGAGGAGGCCCACCUUCCACCCUCUGCCCUUGGCACCCUGACCUGUGGCACUUUACAGUCCCCUUCCUGCUGCUGCAUGGGCUCCGCUCGGAGUCCCAGCAAGUGAGGCUCCAUGCGGCACAUCCACACAGAGACGCCUCUGCCCCCGGAGCGCAGCACGGAGCCCAGCCUGUCCCGGCCCAGGGGGGAGACACCCUUGGAGCCUUCCUCGCAGUGCUGCACGCACCGCAGCAUCCUCAUGGGCUACAAUGAGACAGAGAUCAAGCGCCAGAAGGUUUACCAGGUGUCCAUCUUCUCCCAUCUCUCCAGCUCCUCUGAGAGCACGGAGCAGCGGGCAGGCACCCGGCCAGCGGUCAAGAGGGGAUACCCCGAGCAGCGAACUCUGGAGGGGGGACGAGAUCCCAAACGAACUCACUGGGGUGACAGGGGGGUGGAUGGAGGCCCUGGGCAGCCUUCCCUGGAUGAUGAUGAUACUUUUGAAGAUGGUCUGCUGGUGGAGGAGCUCUCCCUUUGCGGCUCUGCCCAACACUUCUCCCACAGUGGGCUGCGGGUGGUGGAGCACCGCUGUGAGGGCAGCCCUAGCCACAGCCCCAAGGCCAGCAGAGAGGACAAGUCACAGGAUGUCUCCUUCUCCUCUUCCUCCUCCUCCUCCUCCUCCUCCUCCUCCUCCUGGCCCCAGCACAUUGCUUGCAGUACUUUGCACAUGAGAGACAGUUGCCCUGUCUCAUCAGGGGAUCAGCCCAUAGACUAUGGAGAGAAUGGGGAGCUGUCAAGUGGCCACAAUGUGCUUCACCUUGAUUUGCACAGUAUUGCACAAACAACCCAGUUGGACCCUGAUGGGAAGAGAGAGAAGCCAGGGAGCAGCCCAGCUCACACCAGCAGGGCUUGUGGAGAAGCAGAAGGGCCAGCAGUGGCCAAUGGGUGCAGGGAGUCCCCAGUUCCACAGACAGCGCUCAGCCCCGAGCCCAGCAACCUGAGCUCCCAGGAGAUGACACCCUGUGGGAGCAGCCAGCUCAGCAGCACCUGCCCAGCCAAAAGGAAGUUGCUGCCCGCUGGCGAGGUUAUGGCCGACUCCUGCUCUGAGGAUGAGAGCCUGUCCCCACCAGCAAGGAAGAAGAGGGUCCUGCCAUGCCAUCCUGUGCCCACAGCCUGCCGCAGCACUGAUGCCAAGGGAGCUCCGUUCUGGAAUCACCUGCUUCCUGCAGCCAAGAGCUCUUCAGAUUGCACUGCGGUCGGGAGGAGGCUGAAGAGUGGGCUGCGUCUCAAAUCGCGACAUCUCCGGACCAGCCUCCGGAGGGGUACCAGGUCCCCCACAGUGCCCUGGGCCACCACCACUGUCAGCCACGCUCUGCUGGGCAACUUUGAGGAGUCCAUCCUGAAGGGGCGCUUUGCACCAUCGGGGAGGAUCGAGGGUUUCACGGCAGAGAUUGGUGCCAGUGGCUCCUACUGUCCCCAGCAUGUCACCCUGCCUGUCGACGUCACCUACUUCGACAUCUCUGAACACAGUGUGCCCUCGCCUUUCCUGGGAGUGAUUGACUUGGAGGCCUUGGGAAAGAAGGGUUACAGUGUCCCCAAAGCUGGAACCAUCCAAGUGACCUUAUUUAACCCCAACAAGACUGUGGUGAAGAUGUUCUUGGUGACAUACGACUUCCAGGACAUGCCGGCCAACCACAUGACCUUCCUACGCCAUCGCAUCUUCCUGGUGCCCGUGGGGGAGGAAGAGGGGCCCACAGUGGCCCCCAGUGACCCACUGGGCACCAGCCCACCCCGCAGGGUCCUCUGCUACCUGAUGCAUCUAAGGUUUCACAGCUCCAAGUCAGGGAAGAUCUACCUUCACGACGACAUUCGGCUGCUUUUCUCCCGCAAGUCGAUCGAGGUGGAUUCGGGGAUCCCCUACGAACUGAAAUCCUUCAUAGAGAUGCCGCGGAACCCCUGCUACUCACCCCGGGCCUGACCUCCUUCACUCCCUGCCCCCCAGGGCCACUGGGGAGCCUCCAGCCCAGCACUUAGGGGAGAGAAAAGGGCCAGCAAGCACUGCUUUGAGAUAUCACCCACCCUCCCGACCAGCAUGGACACCAUACUCUGCAGCAGGGCUGGGAUCACCCAGGGCGGUUCACCAAGAGGGGCAGGGGCUGAGGAGCAGCCCCGGCACUCCAGGGACAUGCCCAAGCCUUCUGCUGGCACUGCUCCCAGCUUGGAGACUUGGCUGUUGGCUGAGGUGGGUGGGUGGGAGUGAAGAGAUGGACUGGAGCUGUGAGUGAGACCUCCCACACUGGUCUCGGGUCUGGGAGCAGAAAGUGUGUAAGAGUUUGUAUUUAUUAGUAUUUAUUGUUGCUGGGAGCACAGAGGAGGCUGGUGCAGAGGAUCAGAGGUGCUGUGUUUGUUUUCCCUCAGCCCUGCCUGUACCAGGCUGCCUGUGUUCAGGCAGGGCUGUGGGGACUGUGAGGGUGAUUAGGGACAGGGAAGCCUCAGCCGAUGGAAGGGACAGUGACCCAGUGCUCCCAGAUCAGAGGUGUAUUAAAAGCCCACUGACAGGCUGAGACUCACUGGCACCAGCUUUGCAGGGCCAGCCCAACUUCAAGCAGCUUGGAGAGGCCUGUGCUUAUCUUCUGAGUCUUGUAGGGUAAGCUAGAACCCAAGAGACCUAUGGCUAUCAAGGGAGUGGCCACUGCCAGGUUCCUGAAGGUAAGAGACACAGCUGCCACGUGGAUGGGGACCUGGAGCUCUUUGCAGGAAUAUGGGGAUAGCCCUCUGGGCAAGAGCCUCCAGAGCACGUGAGCUGUGAAUCUGAGAAGAUUGCCAAAAAAAAAAAAAAAAAGGAACUUUGCACUGUCUGUGGGUGUGGAGUGAAUCCCAUGGAAUCCCAUGCCGGAGCCAGCUUUGGGCAGGGUCUGCCCGCAGGGUGAUCAGGAGUUGGAGGAUGGUCAGGAGCCCCAGCUUAGAAAAAUGGGGAAACGGGGAAGCAACAGAGGAAAUCAGACUCUGGGACUUGGGCUGGUUCCUCAGGAGCAGGACUGGAAGAAUCCUGACUGGGGCAGUCAGAGGGACAGGGCCAAGGGUAAAACAAGCUUGCACAUUCCCUGUCUGUAUCAUCUCUCUGUCCUCUGAGGGUCUCGGCAAGGCUCCCCUGCUAGCCCAGGCUGCGGGGAUCCUCAGCCCCUCUGUCAGAGAGAACAAAAGAGGGACAGGCACAUCAGCUCCCGCCGCUGGGGCUGAGACCCGAGCGCGGGGGCUCAGUGUGGGGAUGGGCCGGGACUGGGGCUGUGGGGGCGAGGUCCUGCCCUGCCCUGCCCUGCCCGGGGGCGGCCGAGCAGCUCCGGCCCUGCUGCACUGGGGUUAGAAGCCUGAACCUGCCCAUACACCACACUGGGGGCCUAAACUCCCCUCACACCGGAGCCCUGGAUCCCCCAAGCCGUGGAUCUGAACCCCCCUCACACCGGGGGCCGCUCCCCCACUGCCCUGGCCAGCGGCUUUCGGGGACUGCCAUGACACCGGAGUCCCCCUCGCCCCCAGGUCACCGGGGCUAGCCCUCUCGCGAAGG